GGUGGCGGAGGAGGAGGUGGAGAGGCGCGUGGACGUCGGGCACGCGAGGGCCGAGGUGGAUAUACGUCGAGGGAGAUCGUCGGACAUUGCGAAGGCAUGGCAUUGGGCUCGCAGCUCGAGGGUCCAAGGGACGAGACGACGAGCGUCAAGCCUCUGCAGAAUGGCACCGGCCCCGACGAUCACGACAUUCAGCCCGUAAACAAGCAAAAUGGAGAUGAAAUCGGUAGUGCCGGUAAUUCGGUCGAAAAUAUCCCUGAGAAAGGUGAAGUUGAGGCUACGAAGGAGGGUGAAAAAGAAAAAAACAAUGUUAUUACUAACAGCACAGAUGAAAACGAAGAGGAAAAUGAUAAAGAUAAGGACAAGGAAGUUGCUAACGAACAGGAAGUAGUGUUUAUUCAAGAUAUGGGUUUUAAUGUCAAAAUCGUUAGUCCAGGAGCUGAACCUUUCGACAUUCAAGUUUCAAGUAUGGAACUUGUUCAGGAAAUACAUCAACUAUUGAUGGAUCGCGAGGACACGUGCCAUCGCACUUGCUUCUCACUGCAGCUCGACGGCAAUACACUGGACAACUUUGCCGAAUUAAAGAACAUCGAGGGCUUGAAGGAGGGUUCGAUAAUUAAGGUCGUCGAAGAACCUUACACGAUGCGCGAGGCGCGCAUACACGUGAGACACGUACGCGAUCUCCUGAAAUCCAUCGAUCCAGCCGACGCUUACAACGGCUUCGAGUGCAGUAGUCUGUCAUUUUUAAACGUCGUCACUCACGGCGACAUCCUCGAGAAGAAGAAGUCAAGAGCUGACUCGGUCGACUGCACGCCACCGGAUUAUAUUAUACCCGGUGGUAAAGACAGACCACUGAUGCCCUUGCAGCCACAAGUCAAGGAGCAGAAGUAUCCACCGUGUUUGAAGGUUCUGACGACGUCAGGCUGGAAUCCACCACCAGGUUACCGGAAGCUUCACGGCGAUCUAAUGUAUCUGCACGUGGUGACGCUAGAGGAGAAGCAAUACUACUUGACGGCCUGCGCUCGUGGCUUUUUCGUUAAUCAGUCGAGCAAAGAAGUGUUCAAUCCGAAACCAGCGACGCCCAGUCAUCUCUGCCAUAGUCUUAUCGAACUCUUAAACCAGCUAAGUCCGUCGUUCAAACGUGGCUUUGCCUCGAUGCAACGACGUCGUACUCAGCGGCAUCCCUUCGAGAGAGUGGCCACGCCUUAUCAGCUUUACGCCUGGUGCGCACCUCAGAUCGAGCACACCAUCGACGCCAUACGAGCCGAAGACACGUUCACCUCGAAACUUGGCUACGAAGAACAUAUACCCGGACAGACAAGAGAUUGGAACGAGGAAUUACAGACGACGAGAGAAUUACCUCGUAAACAUCUUCCAGAAAGACUACUGCGAGAACGAGCAAUUUUUAAGGUGCACAGCGAUUUUGUAGCAGCCGCGACGAGAGGUGCAGUCGCUGUGAUCGAUGGCAAUGUCAUGGCCAUUAAUCCGGGCGAGGAGCCGAAGAUGCAAAUGUUUAUUUGGAACAAUAUUUUUUUUUCGCUUGGCUUCGACGUGCGCGAGCAUUAUAAAGAAUUGGGGGGAGAUGCCGCUGCUUUUGUCGCACCCCGUAACGAUCUCCAGGGUGUCAAAGUAUACGCAACGGUCGAUCUUCCUGGGCUUUACACACUUGGAACUGUUGUUAUAGAUUAUAGAGGAUAUCGUGUUACGGCACAAUCUAUUAUUCCAGGAAUUUUAGAACGCGAGCAAGAGCAAUCUGUGGUCUAUGGUUCUAUUGAUUUUGGAAAAACGGUCUUGACUCAUCCCAAAUAUCUCGAAUUUUUGAAUAAAGCUGGGUUUCAACUAAAAAUUCUUCCACACAAAGUUAUUAAUGCCGCAGAUGAGGAAGUGGAGCUUUGUAGUAGUGUCGAAUGCAAAGGAAUUAUUGGCAAUGACUCUCGUUACUAUGUUUUGGAUUUACUAAGAACGUUUCCUCCAGACGUUAAUUUCUUAAAAUUAGAAGGUGUUGAAUUAAGUAAGGAAGCUCGAGCUUUGGGCUUUCCAAUUGAGCAUAAGCACAAAUUAGCUUGCCUACGUCAAGAAUUAAUCGAUUCAUUUGUGGAAACAAGAUACAUUCAGUUUAUUAAACACGCCGCUGUACAUUUGAAACAAUUUACGUCAGCCAAACGAACGCAAAAGGAAAAAGAAAUUUCUGCUAAAGUAAGGAUAAGCAAAAAUUAUGAAUUUUCAAUGGAAGAGAAAAAAGAAGAUCAAAAUUACAUGGCUAUCGAUAGUAAUAAAGAAACUUCUAAUCAAUCAUCGAUUGAAGCCGAUGAGGCAAAAAAAAUUGUUGAAACUAUUACCGAUUCUAUUACUAGUGGCGAAAAACAAGAUUUGGAAGAAAGUACAAAAGAAAUAGUAAGAAAGGCAGCAGCGGCAGUUGGAAGCUUACGCGAGACAGAAUUCGAUGUAAAAUUCAAUCCAGACGUUUUUUCACCGGGUGUGCGUCAUCCGGAUCCUGAUGGACCGCUUUUAAAGAAGCAAAGGCAACUUGUCAAAGAUGCUGCAGACUUUUUAUUAACUACUCAACUGCCUACUUUUAUUCGCGAAUGCUUGGAUCAUACUCCAGCUGCUAUGGAUGGCAAUACUUUAAUAGAAGCCUUACACGGACGAGGAAUUAAUGUUCGAUACCUUGGUAAAUUGGCAUCAAUGUUAGCUGCAGUCAGUCAAUUACAGUAUCUACAUCGAAUAGCCGUUUCCGAAUUGAUUCUGAGAUCUGCUAAACAUAUUUUUAUUUCAUACAUGCAGGGGGCUGAAUUAAUGAGCUUAUCCGCUGCAAUCAGUCACUUUUUGAAUUGUUUUCUGUCAUCCACUCAACUUAUGCAUCCGCAACAAAAUCUUGAAGAAUUACAGAGCAAAACGGCGAAACGACGCAAUAAGAGGAAAGGCAGGAGCAAUGGGCCUCAACAAUCUGAAGUUGAAUGGGCCUCACUGACGUCGAAGUCACUUUGGCAGCAGAUCAAAGUAGAUUUAAAGAAUUACUAUGAUUGGGAAGUUCCUACGCCUGAAUCUCUCGAUGUUACGAUCGAACAUUUUCAUUUACAAAAGAUUUCAUUGUUGAGGGCAUUUUGUAUUAAGGCUGGUAUUCAAAUACUAUUGCGAGAGUAUAAUUUUGAGAAUAAGAAUCGUGCGACAUUCUUCGAAGAGGAUAUAUUAAAUAUCUUUCCAGUUGUUAAGCACAUUAAUCCAAGGGCAAGCGAUGCUUACAAUUUUUAUACAACUGGACAAACGAAGAUACAGCAAGGAUACUUAAAGGAUGGUUAUGAAGUUAUUAACGAAGCUCUUAAUUUGUUAAACAAUGUUUAUGGGGCUAUGCACCCUGAAAUAGCCCAAUGUCUUCGAAUGCUGGCAAGAUUAAAUUAUAUUAUGGGAGAUCACGUGGAAGCUCUUGCAACUCAACAAAAAGCUGCUCUCAUGUCCGAACGAGUUAACGGCAUCGAUCAUCCUUACACAAUUAUCGAAUACAUUCAUUUGGCUUUAUAUUCGUUUGCUAAUGGUCAAGUGUCAGUAUCAUUAAGACUCUUGUACAGAGCAAGAUAUCUCGCAUUACUCGUAUGUGGCGAAGAUCAUCCAGAAGUAGCAUUGCUCGACAGCAAUAUCUCGCUAAUCUUGCACGCGGUCGGCGAGUACGAGCUCUCGCUACGCUUCCUGGAGCACGCGCUGGCCUUGAAUCUGCGUUAUCACGGCUCGCGUUCCUUGAAGGUCGCCGUAUCGUAUCACCUUGUGGCGCGCACCCAAUCGUGCAUGGGCGACUUCCGCGCUGCCCUCAACAACGAGAAAGAAACCUACGCCAUCUACAAGCAGCAGCUCGGCGAGGAUCACGAGAAGACGCGCGAGAGCAGCGACUGUCUGCGCCACCUCACCCAGCAGGCCGUCGUCCUUCAGAAGAAAAUGAACGAGAUUUAUACGGGCAAGACGGGCGUCAGCUUGCCCCCGAUACAGAUUCAGCCGCCGAGCAUGGGCUCCGUCCUCGACAUGCUCAACGUCAUUAACGGCAUUCUAUUCGUGCAAAUCAGUCAGCAAGACAUCGAGAAUUUCAAGGCGGAGAUCGCAAAGCGCCAACCCACGACAUCGAGUAAAGGUAACGGCCUCCUCAACGGCAUCGAUGACUUAUCCGACAAUAAAUCAAUAAAGGAGUCGAGCGACAACGUGACGACCUUCAUCGAGCCAGCCGAGGCAUUUAUCAAGGAGCUAACCAACGAGCAGAUAAUCGAUCUCAAGGACUCGAUCAAGGAAUUAGCUAAGGGCCCGAUCAAGGAAUUGACAAAGGAGCAGCAGAUCGUGGUCGCCGAAAGCUGAGCUGCCUAUCGCCGUACUACGCGCGCCCGACUUCAUUCUCAUUGCACUCCUCCUCGAUAAAUAACGUACAAUCCUAGUCUUUUUAAUGUAGGAAGCUUAUUACGUGGCUUUACAAGGUUGUUUUUUUUUUUUUUUUUUUUUUUUUUUUUUUUUUUUUUUUAAAUUUUUAAUUUUACACUUCUUGAUCGCUGUAUAGUUAUUAGAGUAUUAAUGUUAAUUUUCUCCUUUUAUUGCAAUAUUUUUUAAUUUAUGGAGAGCGAAAAGUUAUAAUGAAAUAAUAAUCGAUAUCAUUCUACUACUUGGUUUCCGAUAGCUUAUAACUCGAUUUGUGACUUUGCAUAUAUUGUAGAACAAAGGUGUUCGAUUUUAAUAACAGUUGUUAUUUAAUGUUUAAUAACAAACGGGG